AUGUUCCAGUUUUCUAAAGAAUUCAACGGCAGGCGUCGCGCACGCCUUGAGCCUAGUAGCGAUACAACCAGUAAGAAGCGUGACCGGACUUUGUUCAUGGCGUCUCUUGUCGCGAAGCCGUUCGAUUCAGUUAGGUUGACGUGGACCACGCGAAUUGCACGGUUGCCGACCGUAGUGGGAAAACGGCCAUGGUCCCCGGAAGUCGUUAACACCGUUUGCACGACGGCAGCUUUUGCCGUCAUGUGCCUGCUAGCCGCCUGGCUCUUCCUGGCGCCAGGAAGAUCACAGAUAGAGUCGACGGUUGUCGUCACGUCACUGGUAGACCGUCAGCCGGCAAGUGUAGCGGUCAACCCGCAGCGGUCGUCAGGUGUAACGGUGGAGAUGGAAUCGUUGGAAGAUGACGUCACGGAGACGGCCGACCCCGACGCGAUGGAACCCGCGCAAUCGUUCACUGGCUUCGUGAACGGCCCUCACGCAUUGGAGGCGGAAGCAGCGGAAGAUAAGAUUUCAGCGCCCGUGUUCCCGCUGUGCCAAACGGAGGGUCCAGAUUUCAUCCCGUGCCUGGAGAACGAGGCUGCGAUCAAGGCACUCAAGUCGACGAGCCACUACGAGCAUCGGGAGCGGCAUUGCCCCGGGAAAGACGGCGCGCUGCGCUGCCUGCUGCCGCUGCCCGAGGGGUACAAGGCGCACGUCAACUGGCCCGAGUCGAGGGACCAGAUCUGGUUCGCCAAUGUGCCACACACGCAGCUAGCAAACUACAAGGCGGAUCAGAACUGGAUCAAGCCUGAAGGAGACAGGUUUAUAUUUCCGGGCGGCGGGACGCAGUUUAAGUACGGCGUCACUAAGUACAUCACCUGGCUUCAGGAGGUCUUCCCCUUCCUGUCCUUCGGCAAGCGCAUUCGAGCCAUGCUGGACAUGGGCUGUGGGGUGGCAAGUUUCGGCGCGUACCUCGACGCCUUCCACACGCGCGUCUUGUCUGUAGCGCCCCGGGACGAGCACGAGGCACAGGUUCAGUUCGCUUUAGAGCGGGGCGUGCCGGCGUUGGUGGGAGUGAUGGGGACGCAGAGGCAACCCCUCCCCUCCAACGUGCUUGACGCUCUCCACUGCGCCCGCUGCCGCGUGCCAUGGCACGCAGAGGGUGGCAAGCUGCUAUUGGAGGUGAACCGGCUGCUCCGGCCAGGAGGCUACUUCAUCUGGUCGGCAACCCCUGUGUGCAAGGAGUGUGCCGCCAAGGGCACUGAUGACGAAGGGAUUUGGGCAGCCAUGACAAACCUCACAGCCAGCAUGUGCUGGAAGCGCGUGGGUAAGAAGAUCAGCCACGGGUUCGGCAUUGGGGUAGCCGUGUGGCAGAAGCCGACCAGCAACGACUGCUACGCCGCCCGGCCGGCCGGUGAUCUGCCGCCCAUGUGCCCGCUACAGGACAACGCGGAUGCGGCGUGGUACAUCCCCAUGCAGGCAUGUCUGCAUCCAGUGCCGUCCGGGAAGGAGGAGAGGGGCGGCGCGUGGCCGGCGGAGAGUGAAGAGCGGUUGACUGCGGUUCCAGGGUGGUUAGGGAGAGGGAAGGGGAGGAAGAUAAGAGAGGAGGCAGGAGGGGAGGAGAGCGGGAGGGUAAGAGGGGAGGAGGGAGGGGAGGAGAGAGGAGGGGAGGUGGUGGGAGUGUAUGGGCGGCCGGUAGUGAAGGAGUAUCAGCACGAUGUGGGGCAUUGGGAGCGGGUGGUGCGGCACUACGUGGAUGGGCUUGGGAUCAACUGGGAGGGCGUGCGGAACGUGCUUGAUAUGGACGCACACUAUGGCGGAGGGGAGGUGGUGGGAGUGUAUGGGCGGCCGGUAGUGAAGGAGUAUCAGCACGAUGUGGGGCAUUGGGAGCGGGUGGUGCGGCACUACGUGGAUGGGCUUGGGAUCAACUGGGAGGGCGUGCGGAACGUGCUUGAUAUGGACGCACACUAUGGCGGAGGGGAGGUGGUGGGAGUGUAUGGGCGGCCGGUAGUGAAGGAGUAUCAGCACGAUGUGGGGCAUUGGGAGCGGGUGGUGCGGCACUACGUGGAUGGGCUUGGGAUCAACUGGGAGGGCGUGCGGAACGUGCUUGAUAUGGACGCACACUAUGGCGGUUUCGGUGCUGCUCUAGAAAAGGCCAAGCCUGUGUGGGUGAUGAGCGUGGUGCCCACAACCAGCCCUGACACCCUGCCAGUCGUCUUCGACCGAGGGCUGCUGGGAGUGUACCAUGACUGGUGCGAGGCGUUCAACACCUAUCCACGGACGUACGACCUCGUGCACUCGGAUCACCAUUUUGGGAAGGCGUUGACUGAAAAGAGGUGCGAGGCAGCAGACAUAGUGGUCGAGAUCGACCGAAUUCUUCGCCCCUUUGGCUACUUAAUAGCCCGCGAGCACGCGCAGCACAUCCCUUUCCUGCAGGCCGUGGCGAAGGGGCUAGGGUGGAGCCAGACGGUGCUGGUGAAGGAAGGGAGGGAGGCGUUCGUGGUGUUUCAGAAGACCAUGUGGCGACCAGAGGGGCAGGCAGAGCAGCAGCAGUAA